CUAACACUAAACUAGUGAAAUGUGUGAUGCGUUGAUUGUAGAUUAUCCUAUCUUUAAAAUGUAAAUAAUAAAUAAAAAAACAAAAUGGGCCGUUCAAAAUUUCCCGGAAAACCAUCGAAACAUGUUAAUAGGAAAAGAAUUAAUGUUCUUCCACCCACCUCAGAGGGAAUUAUUGAAUCUAGCAGGUCUAUGACAGUUGAAACUGUUGCAGAAAACAAACAGGGCGCCGAAAAAGAUGUCGAAAAAAGCAGUGAAAGUGUAAAUUUAAACAAUAUAAAUACAAAAGUGUCAUUGAGAAGAAGACUGAAUCGAAAAAUGCAAAGUUCGAAAGCAUUGAUGAGCAAUAAUUCGUCUAAACGUGGUCUAAUAUCAAAACUCUGUAAUAAAACAAGUGUUUCCUGUAAACUCUCAGUUAAAAGCAAAUUAAAUUGCACAGCAUCAAGGAAGGCAAACAUCAAUCGCAAAUCAGUGCAUGCAUACUCCCCAAUAAAAAAUUUCCGCCAGUGCAGAACAGGAAUAACAAAAGAAAGUAAUAAUCUCGUUGGAAAAUUCGUAUUGCCCACAAGAAGUGUCCAUUCAUCGCGUGUAAUAAAACCAAACAAAAGAUUCAUAAACGUGGACUUGAGUGACACAUUAACGCUAAAAAAGCGCGUCAUCACCAAAAGACAUUGUAUAAAACAAAGCGAAAACCCGUCGAAAACCAACAAAAGUGACAGUGCGUCAGAACCGCCAACAAAAACAUUCUCAAACGGGCGCGUCGUCCUCCGUCAAGCGCGCUUGAAACUCCACAACCAAACCCCCAAAGGCUCCGAAGGCCCCUUCUCCAGCAGCUCGACGAACGGCUCUCCGCCGGGAACAGUGACUUGUGGUGUCUGUGGUGCCGUCCGUUUCUACCGUUUCGUAAAACAAGCGCGCAAAUUCAACAUCUACAGCUGCGAAUCAUGCCGGAAAUUCAUCUCAAAGAUGAUAAAACGGCAGUCAUGCGGCAAGAACCUCAGCAGUGCUACUCUGGUUUGCCACAAGGGACAAGGAAUGUGCCACGUGCCCCCCAUAGUGCGCAGCCAACAAAUGAAACUCAUUCGGUGCGCCUACAAGUCCCGGUGCCCCGCCUGUUGGCUGAAAAUGUGCCUUCGCUCCUUCCAAAUGCCCCAAUCUUUGAAAAACAGCCUAAUCCAACUACUUCCAAAAAACAUGCAAGGCUCUAACGUCAUGUUCAACAACUCCCUACCCUUAUUGUGGCAAGUCAGCGUUCAAAAUAUCAACAAACCUGAACAGAAAACGGUGAAUCAACGACCCGUCAGGUUUAAAAACACUAAACCUGUCACGCAAUCAACUCCAACUUCCGAUAUUAAAAGGCAAAAAAUUGAUCUGAAAGGACCGAGAGUCAAACACGUUUGUCGUAGUGCUUCUAUAGUUUUGGGUCAACCCUUGGCCAUGUUUCCAGGUGAUGUCGAGAAGAAGAGAAUUGAGGAAUGCCCAAGAAAAGCACAAAAGACGAGUGAAAACAUUGAAACGCCACAAGUCAAGUUGAAAGAUGUAGAAUGCAGCGAAAAUGAAUCCGAUAAUGAUAAAUCAAUAAAGGUGCCAUUGGUACUAAAUGAAAAUUUAAUUUCUCAAAUUAAAAGGGAUAGAAACCAUAGAGUGCCUUUUUCAUCCGUAUCUUCGUCUUCGUCACUUCAGUCUUUCACAUCUUCAACGUUUACGUCUUUCAGUGAAAACAAAUCCGAUUUUGAAAAGAAACCCAAUCUACAAGAAGUCCAAAACAUGAUCUCAAUCAAUUAUUGGGAUAAUUACGAUUUAGAUGAUGUCAAUCAAAACGGUUUUUGUCUCAUUGCCUCUCAACAAUUUCCAAUGCCUGCUAUUUGUUUUCUUUGUGGCAGUGCUGGACGCGAGGCACUUUUACACUGUUCUCUCUGUUGUGAACCAUAUCACCCCUUUUGUCUUGAAAGAAGUCCUCAAAUUACCGCCAGCAAUAACAGACAAAACGUAUGGAUCUGUCCAAGAUGCACCACUUGCAACGCGUGCAACCAAGCAGACAGACAAAAAAUCCACUGUCAAAAGUGCUCCAAAGCGUACCAUUCGGAAUGUUUAAACACAGACUGGGCCGGCAAAGGUAAACCGAUGAUCUGUUCAAAAUGCCUGAGUUGCAAAGACUGUGGUGACAUAAACACUGCAAAUUUUUUUGGGAAUUCGUCGUUAUGCGUGACCUGCUUUAAACUACGGAGGAAAGGAUCAUGUCCCGUUUGUUUGAUACCAUUUAGAGAGAUUGAUACGAACGAAAAGAUGAUGGAAUGUACAAAAUGUAAAAAGUGGAUUCACGCGGAUUGUGAGGAUUUAUCAGAAGAGUAUUAUCACAUCUUGAGUUAUCUUCCCGAGUCUGUUAAAUACUUGUGUUGUGUGUGUUCGAAACAUUCACCACCUGCUUGGCGUAAAUCAGUAGAGUCCGAACUGAAGUAUAAUUUUAAUCAAGUGUUGCGGUUAUUAAGCAAAAACAAAACAGCUAAAAAUAUGUUAAAGUUAAAUCUUUUAAAUAAUUACGUUACGUUGACAAGAACUACCGAUAGGAAAAGUGAUUGUGAGAAUGACGGCGAUGACAAUCAGGAGAAUUUAGUUACAUAUUUUAAUAGUUUUAAGAACAGUGACAGUGAUAGGACUGAAGCGCCUUUGAAGAGUUUCAGUGAUUUUAAAAUCAACCAAACUCGGACUUUGACUGUGCUAGAUAUUAAACGUAAAGCAAACUCGAAUGAAUACAGUUCAGUGAAAGACUUUCAUAAAGAAAUGGAAGAAGGGUUAGCUCAGACACAAUCGGAUGAGUUGGUAAAUAUCUACCGAUUAAUUCUCAAAUCAGUAUUUCCUUGGUUUGACAUUUCUCAAGACUCAAAAUGGAACAAUACGAAACAACGAUUUUUAUGUAAUAAUAACAAUGAUGAAGACAUUUGUGGUCAAAUCGAAUGCGUGUCAAUAGACUCGAGAUAUUGUUCGUUUUGUAAAAGUAUAGGUGAUGGUUUAAGCCAUCUUGAAUCUCGGUUACUUUACUGUGGACAAAACGAAUGGGUGCACAUAAACUGUGCAUUAUGGUCGUCCGAAGUCUAUGAAGAGAUCGAUGGUUCCCUCCAAAACGUCCACAGUGCACUCUCAAGAGGUCGUCUAAUGCGUUGUUCGUAUUGUAAACAAAAAGGGGCAACAGUUGGGUGUUGUUUCAAGAACUGUUGCGAGAUUUAUCACUUCAUAUGUGCAAGAACCGCUAAAUGUCAUUUUAUGCAUGACAAGACUGUAUAUUGUUGUAGUCAUGAACUACCGAAAACUAGUAGCGUUAUAGUCACAUCUAAUGAUUUUAAUAUUCGGAGAUCUGUUUUUGUCGAGUUGGCUGAUUAUAAAAAAGGGCAAUAUUCACAAAUUGAAAAAGUUAACGUCAUGGUUGGAUCACUUUGUGUUACAAAUCUUGGAAAAAUCAAUCCUGUUAUGUCGGAUACUAUUGAGGCUAUCAUUCCGGUCGGUUAUAAUUGUUCAAAGUUGUUUUGGUCAACAGUUGAGCCUUGGAGAUUAGUUUCGUAUAAAAUAUCAACUUCGAUUUUAAAUGCUCAUGUUAAUAAUCUUCACGUUGAUAAGAGUUUCACCGUUGAUCAUUCGUUACCAAAGUCGGUAGUUGAACGUAAAUUGAAGGAAAUCCUCCUUUGGCACAAGGAUAUAGACAAGAAGAAGUUGGAUGUUAUUGAGUUUGAUGAUGAGGAGGAGCCUCAAAACGGAGCUGAUCUUUUAUCACCUGAAAUCACCGAUGCUAUUUUUGAGGAACUCCCUCAUGAGUUGCUUGAUGGAAUCUCAGUACAGGACAUUUUCCCGAAACUUAUGUCUUACGAGGAUUUUAUUAGUAUGGAUUCGAAAUCAGAAACGACCAACUCUGAUAACAACGUGAACAGUGAAUUGAAAAAAUCAGAGGAAGUUGAAACUAUGGAAGAGUUUGACGAUGUGAAAAAACAAAAAACUUGUAGUCUGACACUGAGUUGCAAAUUGGAUAAUAGUUUUUCUCCUGUGAUUAAGAAACGGAAAAUAACCCCACGUGAAAAUAAUUUGUUUUUUCAACUGUUACAAGUCGAUGGUAACUUUGAUGACAGUUCGAGUGAUUGUGGGUCACCAGUGGGUGUUAAUAAUGUAAACAUCUGGGAUUCAGAUGUUUCCGAAGAACCAGUCACGUGUGAACGUUGCCAGUGUACUUACCGGACACAAGCAAGCUAUAAAAGACACUUAGAUGCAUGUGAAAUUAUUUGCACGAGUGAAAGUGAUUCAGAAUUGAAUCAAGAUCAAGAUACGAAUCAUGAAACAACUCAAAUUCACGUAACUGAAACAACGACUGUCAACACUGAAAUACCACCACCUGUUCUCAUAACGUCAUAUGAAUCUUAUCAAAAUGAAAUUCACACUUCUGUGUUAAAUACUCAGACUUUUGUAGCAUCGAAAUCGAAUUCAGAAGUGAUUACUGUUCCUCAAAAUCCGGAAAUAAUUAUCCCCCAAACCAAACCAGUGGUUAAUAGUGAAGUGUUUACAGUAUCGCAAUCGACUGUCUCAGUUAACGAACAAACCUCGCAACCGUUUUGUUUACCUCCAACUGUCUCUCUUUGUGUCAACUCCCCACUACCGGUUAACCCGGUAUUAACCGCUAUUAACCCUCAAAUGGAGUUUCAACCGAUACAAUCCAUGCCAUACUCGACUAAUGUAGCUCCUGUUAUUAAUGUAACACCCCAAAAUCAGAUUACUUUCACUGAUAAGUUAUUAAAUAAUUCAACAAUUAUCAAUUCGAUGAUUAACGUUCCUGGAAAUCGAUGGGUUAAACCGGUGGAGCAAAAAAGUCCGACUAAGAUUUUUAAAGGAAGAAGAUCGAUUGCUGCUAAGAGGGGUCAUGAGGAGGAAACAAUUGUGAUACCGGCAAGUUCGGCCCCUGUAAUUGUCCAACACUUGCCAUCGAAUAAUUUUAUUCCGACUUUUGUUGACACUUUCCAACAACAAUCUGGUCAAAAUGUACAAUACGUUACAACGAUUUCACCUCAAAUCAAUUCAACGAUAAAUCCACAACCGUUGGUGCAGUUACAAGCUGAUAGUAAUUUGAUAAGUUUGUUGCCUGGUAUUCAACCGACGAUGAUUAUUCAACAACCACGAGUUUUGGAAAAUCAGUUGAUUGUUGAUGGGAAUGGUUCAUUGAGUUGGACACCACCGCAAGUACAACCGGUCUAUUACGGUUUUGAGACUAUAGUACAGAACACUGUAAUGCAAUCUCAACAGUUUCUACCAACAACAGUACCAGGAGUUUUAACUGCCAAUAGUAGUUAUUCUACAACGACACAAGUAUUCCAGACCAGUAAAUUAGAACCAGUAUUAGAUGUGGCAACGAAUAGUUUUGUUCUACUAAACACAGGACAAUUGGUCAAUUCACAGUCACUCGAAGUACCUCAAAAUACACUAACGAAUGUUAUACAACAAACAGAAAUCAAUCAAUGUAAAUACUCAACACCUGCAUUUCAAAAACCGAAUAAUCAACCAAUUAGUGUCACUAAUACGAAUAGUAUUACACUACCUACAGCACCUUUUGUCCCAGAACAAGGAAUACCAACCAAUAUUGUCACACCAACACCUAAAUCUGUACCAACAACACAAAAUCGCCCCAUGAGUCGUGUCCUCCCAAUGCAAACUUUAAAAGAAACGAAAGAACCAAACAAAGUUAAAAUACCAACAGAAAAAAUUGAAGCAAUUAGAAAAGAAAUAAAAAUCCUGGAGAAAGUCGUAGAACCGGUGAUUGAACCUGACAAGAAACCAAUCGAAACUCAAUUAGAAAAUGACAUAAAUGAAGCCAAGAAAGACUCUCCUUUGAAACUAGUGUUCCAAAAACAGACCCAAGACGGUUCAUACAAAGUCAGUAACAAUGUCGAGGAACCUACAAUAAGCCCCAAAGUAAACAAUUUUAAACCAACUGAACCGCCGUAUAAACUAAACAACAAUUUCAACAAUCGCAACUCUCCGGUACAAAUAGCACCGUUAAAACCAAUCAAGUCGAAUUUUAACCCCCCAAAACCACUACACAUUCUAUCACUUAGUGAUAAACAAAACCGGCCUGAAAAAACCGAAAGGAAGGUUGCCACUAUUGACCCUCCAAAACAUUUUCCUCUCGAGAAAAAGGAAAAUGAGAAUGUCCCAUCUAUACUUUACACAAUUGAGACACAGGAUGGUUUUCGGUAUUCAUCAACUUCCAUUGCCGACUUGUGGACUAAAGUUUUCGAAGCUGUGCAAAACGCACGGGCGGCUCACAAUAUGCCACUUUUGCCCUCAGAUUCCACAAGUAUUGUUAAUAGUUUGCAAAUUCUCGGAUUGAAGACUUCAGGACUUAAGUAUCUCAUUGAGCAAUUGCCAGGUGCUACCAAGUGCUCGAAGUAUAGGCCGAUGUUCAACUUUCCAUCGAAAUGUAUAGAAAUUGAGGACGAGCUUGUGGGGCACACGCACGGGAGUGCGAGGUGUGCACCACACAUUAAACGAAAUGAACCCUAUGAUAUGUUCAGGUGGUUGGCAUCGAAACAUCGGAAGCCUGAACAUAGUCUAUUCUGUUCAGAUUUAGUGCCAAGAAGGGGCUCUGUAAAUAAUUUACCAAUGGCCAUGCGAUUCCGACAAUUGAAACUCACUAGUAAAUAUUCAGUGGGAGUGUAUCGUUCAAAAAUCCACCGACGUGGAUUAUUCUGUUUGAGGGAUUUUGAAGCAGGAGAAAUGGUUAUAGAAUACUCAGGAGAAGUUAUUAGAUCAGUUUUGACUGAUAAGAGGGAAAAGUAUUAUAAUUCGAAAGGAAUUGGUUGUUACAUGUUUCGAAUUGACGAUAAUUUGGUUGUUGAUGCGACCAUGACCGGAAAUGCGGCCAGGUUUAUAAAUCAUUCUUGUGAUCCGAAUUGUUAUUCUAAAGUUGUUGAAAUUUUGGGUCACAAGCACAUCAUCAUUUUUGCUUUAAGACGAAUCAUUUGUGGAGAAGAGUUAACAUACGAUUAUAAAUUUCCCAUUGAGGAAGAUAAAAUUCCAUGCACUUGUGGAACACGGCGUUGUCGGAAAUUUCUCAACUGAUAUUUAAUUUGAAUUUAUGUUUUUAUCAGUAUUUUUUCUUAUUUUCAUCGAGUGAGCUCAAAAGAAAUUGAACAAAUGACGAACUUUUUUUUUAUUUUAUACUUUUAUUUUGUGUAUGUAAUGUAUAUUGUGUUUGUAAUUACGGUUGUAUAUAAUUGAACUUAUGUAAUCUACUUCCACGGUAGCACCUAUUUGCCAUUUUAAAGUUAUUACAUUCUUAAGUUUUGUCAGUAUUUUUUUCAAAUUUAUGUAUAUAUUUGGCUGUGAGAUUUUAUGCAUUUGUGCCAUUGGCUGCAUAGGUGCUAUAAUACUAUAUAGUUAUAAAUUUUGAUAAAAAGUGAAUAUGUGAUAUGUUUCAUAGUCCAGUGUAAUUAUCUAGUUAUACACGCGAAAAAUUACUUUUAUUUUGAGUAAUAAUACUGGUAAUUGAGUCGUGUUUUGGAAACGAAUGUGAAAAUACAAUUUAGAAUUCUCUUACGUACAAAUACAGAUCUUAUUAUUGUACAUUAUUCCUUUAUAUAAGUUGUAAUUAUGUUCUGCUAUGAAUUAAACGCCCGUGCAUCAAAUGCUACCAACAGUUCGAAUUGUGUUGUAUCAUUUAUAAAAUGAGCAAAUAUAUACUCCACUGUAUGAUAUAUUACAUCACCCAAACAGGCUUUUUUGUAUAUUAAUUUUUGUAUAUAGUUUUUUUUUAACGAUUGUUUUAUUUAUAGGUACCUAUGGCAAACAACUUUUAACUGCAAAUCUCAUUCAAAACUUAAAACUCAAAUGUGUGUGUGUACAAUAACGAACAUGUUAGAAAUUGUGAUUGUAAUUUUACAAAUGACAAUAUCGACAUAUCAGUUUUUAUUAGUAGAACAAUGGAAAGUUCUACAGCGUGAUAAGAGGCCUUGUGUUGUAUAUAAAUUGAACGAUUUUACAGUGUCUUAAAUUUUUAUUGUAUAUAAAGAUCGUGCUCCUUCUGGUGCUUUUACUUAUACUAAUUCGAGCAGCUGUGCUAUACACUUGUAAUAUUUCCAAUAAAACAUUCAGA